AAUAAUUACGGAGUAUUUAUUUCUUCAUUUUUUUGGGGGGUUAAUUAAUUUCUCCCAUCCUGAUAAGGCUUGAACCCUACUCCCUACCCCUCUGUCACUUGCUCCCAUCCCUCUCUAGCUCGGGAAGAGAACAAUGGCGGAAGCGUCUCUGAGCAUGAGUCUCGACGAUCUGAUUAAGAAGAAUAGGGCUUCCGGCGGAGCCAAUUCUCGCGGCAGAGGUCGCGGCGGCGCCGGACCCGCUCGGCGGAUCCCUAGCCGCUCCUCCAACCGAUCUGCACCUUACGCAGCAGCUCCCAAGGCACCGAGCUCCGCUUGGAAUCACGACAUGUUCUCCGCCGACCAGCAGAUGGGGUUUCCCGUCCCGAGCGCCGCAGGUGGUCGAGCCUCCUCUAUUGAGACUGGCACGAAGAUCUUCAUUUCCAAUCUUGAUUAUGGCGUCUCUAACGAGGAUAUUAAGGAACUUUUUGCAGAUAUUGGAGAUAUGAAACACUAUGGAGUCCAUUAUGACAGGAGUGGUAGAUCAAAGGGAACAGCAGAUGUUGUUUUCUCUCGCCGACAAGAUGCUUUAACAGCCAUCAAAAGAUACCACAAUGUUCAGCUUGAUGGACAACCCAUGAAGAUUGAGAUUGUCGGCACAAACAUUGUGACUCCUGCCCCUCCUACCAUGGGUUCUUUUGGAAAUUUCAAUGGAAUUCUCCCUAGUGGGCAAGGAAGGGGUGGAGGUUUUGGAAGAUCACGUGGAGGUGGAAGAGGGCGUGGGUUUCGAGGAGGCCGAGGGAGAGGAAGAGACCGCGGAGAAAAGGUAUCGGCUGAAGAUCUCGAUGCCGAUUUAGCAAAGUAUCAUUCGGAAGCAAUGCAGACGGAUUGAUGAUGUCAGCAACCUUGUUUUCUUCUCUACACUUGUUGUGACUAUAUACUAUGAACCAAUUUGUGAUGAUGAUUCCAUGGAUCUUUUGUAUUUGCAGCAAAGUUCAGUUUUUUUAGGAUUACCAGAAAGUACUGAUAGGGAGGGAGACUUAAACCUCUGAUGUGUGUGUGCCAUUGAGCUGUCCCACUGUUGCUCUUCCAUUUGAUUAAGCUAGGUGGGUUGGAUUGAUUUGUUCAUGACAAACCUUCUGAUUGAUUAUGAGAAGUUGAGCUAUGAUAUUUAUCUAAUUGAGAUAUAGGGUGGAGUUUUGUUCCCCAACUCAGUUGUAGA